AUGCAGAGCCGGGCCCCCGCCGGUCACCGCCUUCCCGGGGUGGUCUUCCGCUCUCGGAUUUCGGCGGUGAUGCUCGCUAUGUUCGCGACGAUGGCUUCCGUGUACGUCGCUGGCCGGUGAGUCUCCGUUUAUUUUCGGUGCUCCAGCACUUGAUCGGAUCUAUUGCCAUUUGUGUUUUUAUCUUGACCAAGAUCCAUGCCCCGAGGUAGCUGCCUUCUGCAAAAUUACAAUUAGGGUUUAGUUUAUCUGCGCAUUUGAAUCAGCGGAAGGUUCACAUGGUCUUCUGUCGCAGUCUGUGGCAGGAUUCCGAAAAUAGGGUUUUUCUUAUCACGGAGAUCGACAGGAGAACUGGUCAGGUAACUCUUCUUUGUUCUCUUCCUCCUAUGAUUUUUUGGUGGUAUGGAUAUUCCCGAUGACUGCUGUGCCUUUCGAGUUUCAUUAGGAUUCGCUGUAGUCCUGACGUCGUCUAAUCUUAGUAAUAACGCCCUGCCUUUUAAUUUUGUAUAAUUCGAUUGAUUCUGUAUCUUCUUUUAUUAGGGGCAGUCAGCGGUUACAGUUGAUGAUAAUCUGAAGAUACUGGCCUGCAGGUAUUUUGUCUCGACGAUUCUCUAUGUACAUUUACAGAGGUUUUGUUAAAGAUCGUGACGAGUCUUUCGGAUUUUGAACUCGGUUAUUUGUUGUUCCAGGGACCAGCAUAAGAAAUUGUCAGAACUCGAGAUUGAAGUAGUUGGUGCGAAACAGAAGGGAUUUGUUGCAAAACACUCUUCCAAGAGCAAUGGAACACAUCAUGGGGAAAGAUUACUAGCUGUUAUAGGGAUAUUUACGGGAUUUGGUAGGAGAAAAAGCAGGGAUGCUAUUAGGAAGUCAUGGGUACAAAAAGGUAAACUAUCCCUAGUUGGAAUUUUUCUUAAGCAUCAUUUUUCUGUAACAUGCUAUUAUAUAAAAAGAAUUUCGGUACUGUUAUGUCCUUCAAUCAUCUUGACAGGAACUCGUCUAAUUCUUACUAUUUAUCUUAACAAUGGCCGGAAGUUUUUUUUUAUUCUUUUUGAAGGUGCUCUUCUGGAGUUGCAUUAUCUAGUUGUUCUUUUUAUUCUGAAGUGAAAAACUAAGCUGUACUAUGAUCAGAUCGGUUUCUCUAAACUGUUCACUAAAUAUGAGGCUCUGCCACCACUCCUUUUGCCUUGUUCACACGAAUCUGUAAUCUUGAUAACAGAAUUUCUUCUCCAUUUGGUAUUUCGCCCCCUUUCAACUCUUUAAUCUGAUUCAUGAAGAUUUUAUUUUCCCUUGGGUGUAUGUUUUCAAUGAUUGCUCAAUACAAAAAACUCUUCAGAGAUGCUUGAAGACAUGGGUAUUUUUGUUAAUGGUGAAUACUUUUGGAUGUAAAUUUUUUAUAUGGAUACCGUUCUCUUGAAAAUAUUUUCGUUCAAACUAAAGUGUAAAAAAUUAUUUUACUUGAUGCAGGUGCUGCGCUGAAAAAAAUGGAGAAGGAGAAAGGCAUCUUAUUGAGAUUCGUGAUUGGAAGAAGGUUCCCCUUUUUAAUAUGAAAAUAAUUCCAUAAAAUUACAAUUUAGCGUAUCUGACUUUUUCGUUUAUGACGUUCAGUACAAAUCAGGGAGACGGUUUGGAUAGAGCUAUUGAGGAUGAAAACAAACUGACCAAUGACUUUCUCAUUCUUGUAAGUUACCAUCUAGGAGUAAACUUCUAAAGAUAAAUAAAUUACCCUUCUAGGUUCGUGGAUGAAAAUACAUCUACAUCUCAUCCUCGCGUUGGUAUUCGUUCCUGUAAUUGGAUUUCUUUUUCUGAUGAUCGUAACAAUUAUAAAUUCUUCUGCUUUAAAAUUAUUCCUUUAAAUGACUCUAUUGGUAUUGUUGCAAUCAUCCAGAAGGCUGUCAUUUCCCCAUAUUCCAGGAGAAUCUGCGCGAUUCUUUUUUUGUGUAUAUCUCUUUCGUUCUACUAAAUUAUGUUAUUUCUGAUUGAGCAGGAUAAUCAAAUAGAAGCACCCGAAGAAGUUGCUAAAAAGAUAAAGUUAUUUUUUAGCCAUGCGGCUGAUACCUGGGAUGCAGAGUUUUAUGCGAAAGUCAAUGAUGAUAUUCAUGUUAAUUUAGGUAAACUAUUUGUUCUAAGCUUUCAUUCGUGCUGAACGUAUCAAAAGGUAUUCCAUUGAAAUCAAUUGGAAACAUUUCUGUAAUCAAUGUUCUAGUUUGCUACUUUUUCCUUUCUUUCCCGUUCUGUAACAGUUUUUCUUUUUUGAUUUAUCAUUGUAUUCCAACCCCUUCUUCUUUGUACAGAUUUGCCAAUAGAAGUAAGCAUGAUGAGACACUUGAUAGAUUAGCAUUUAUUUUCCCCCAAUUCGACUUGUUCACCCAAAAACUAGGAGCGAAUUGAAACUUUUUGAAGUCACUUAAUAAUAAAUCAGCUAUGUUCAAUUGUGGCGAGGUUGAGGUGCGUGAUCUUGAUUUCCCCAAAAAAACCUGACAAUUGGGCCUGAUCCACUGAUUCUGGUUGGAUUGUCUGAAACUUGGCUUGAUUAAUUUAGAUACUGAAUCACUCUGUUGUCAACUGAUUUUAGACGGACUGACCACAAAUCGGACUAUCUAGAACAGAUCGGUUGACUCCUGCACAAUCUGACAUGGUCUAUUGUUAGGCCUAGCAUCAUCCCGAGAUGCACUAAGAACAUAUUUGGGCUAUACCAUGAAAUUUGACUGGCUGCCAACCUGAUGCCAUCCUGAGUUAUGUUGAAUGCCUACCGUGCCAUAGAUAGUCUUGCCCUUGAGGUUUGUUUUCUGUAAGGAAGAAAUGCUCUGGCCCAAAAAGUGCCAGAAUUGAAAAGGUUUUCGGUGGUGAAUUUGUCUCCUGGUUACAUUAUUUGUCCUUGGCCAUUUCAAUUGAAAACCAGUACAUCUUCUAUGCGUCCAUCUUAUUCAUCUCGUCCCAUAAUCCCAACCUGAUACUCUCUUCCUCCCUCCUCUCCCUAUAGGUCACCACCCUUAACCUUUCUUCCUAUCGUCUCUCUAAGCUUCCUCUAUACAUUGGGAACAUGGACACUCCAGCAUCACAAUUAUUCCAACAUUGAUGAUGUGAGCUUAAAUGAGGAUGAUUUCGCCGUGGUAGCUAUGAUCUCAGCGGUUAGGACCAUCAAGGAGCCCCUGUUCUUCCUUCCACUAGAACAAUAGCCCUGCAUCCAGUGCAGCGUUUUUAUCAGAGCCUGGUGCAGUUCUUGAUGACGAAGCCAUGAGCAGCGUCGAGAGCUUAUCCUAGAUUACAUUGGCGAGUCAUGAACAGCCCAUGGCCGCCCUGGAGGAAAAGGGUGGUAGUCCCCCAUGCUUGACCGUCUUCCACGCAUUUGUUUAGCCAGCUCUGACUUCUCUCCGGUGGAUCUGCCAGGAUUCAUGUGGGGUCGUUUCCCCAUGGAAUCUCCUUAUAAUUUUGGAACCUUCAUGUGAAAUAACCUGUAUUAUCCAAAACUUGUGACAUUUAGUCUUUUGCGUUUCAUUCAUGACAAUCUGAUUUGUCAACUUCUCAGUCGCUGGUUAAGAUUUCUUUCUGAAAAUAGAGUUGUAUACUUUGCACGCAAAAGGCAAAAUUUGAUAGUUUUCUAUCUUCCUCUCCUUGGUCAUAUCUCCAUCUGUCUUCCUAACAAGAUGCUCACCUCCCAGCCUCUCUUUCCUCCUGGCUGGGAGCCUCUGUCGCUGCCAGCAGUUGAAAAAGGAAGGGCCCCAAGUCGUGGUUAACAGGGUGAAUGGAAAUGAGGAAAAGGAAGUAUUUUAUUUUUUGCUAAACUUCUUGAUCAAAACUUGAGAAUAAUGGUAUUUAUCAACAUGUAAACAGUGGGGUUGAGAUGAAUUUUCUGGGUUUUUUCGUUUUUCUGUGUGUGAGUAUGAAGAAGCUAUUCACCUAUAUGUUAUCUUGGAAGUUUCUCACUUAAUGACCGUCCUCUUUAGUGAGAACUACAGUACAAUCAUUAUCAUCAGCAUUUUAUUACCUAAUUUAUAUCUCACCUAUGUUGACGAGCACAAAUCGCUGCUUUCAUUGGUACCUGCAUGCUAUAUAUUAGAACUACCAGGAUUUGUUUUUUAAUCUGCCAGAAUAAGUGAGUGUUUCUCAACGCGGCAUCUUUGAUUUCUGUUUCAGAUUCUUUGACAACAAUGCUUUCACCUCAUUUGGACCAGCCGCGUGUCUACAUUGGAUGCAUGAAAUCAGGCGAAGUUUUCUCUGACUCGUAAGUUCAUCGAAUCAUGUUAUAUCAGUCAGUUUGCCUUUCGUGAGCUGGCUGCUCAGCUCUCAAGUUCCAUUCAUGCGUCCCUUUCAUCGGUUUUCACUUGAUUUCUUCAGAAAACACAAAUGGUACGAACCUGAUUGGUGGAAAUUUGGCGACGGAAAGUCGUGAGUAUAUUCCCAACUUUCUUUGUAACUCUUUUCCACGGAUGGUUUUCAUGAAAUCCGAUUUACCUUCGUCAAUUCUUCAUUUCUUACUAUGAAUCAUCCGUUUUCUUCUGGGCUUCUGCAUCACUUGUGGAAAUAUCUGUCUUACCAUUUAUGGCAUAUUUUUAUGUGGAAAUAUCUGUAAUUAGCGUCUAUUUUCUGAAUUUCUUAUGCAUAUUAUAUAUGCCUGCUGAUUGAUUUGCUUCACGCGGCUCUAUUUUCUUCUCCAUGUUAAAGAAAAUUUGUUGCCCUGUCUGACAGAUAUUUUCGUCAUGCGUCUGGUGAAUUUUUUAUCUUAUCCAGAGCUUUAGCACAGUUUAUCUCGAUUAACAGGUUAGUUGACUGUCUGUCUUCAUGCUACCAUACUGGAAUCCCACCCCAUGAGAAGCUAGUGGAGCCCUGAUUACCCCUUUCUUUACGCAGAUCCAACCUGAAGGCAUACGCCCAUGAUGAUAUCAGCGUCGGUUCAUGGUUGAUCGGGCUUGACGUCAAGCAUAUCAAUGAGGGGAAGUUGUGCUGUUCAUCUUGGUCCACUGGUACUCUUAUUUCUUUUAUAUAUAUAUAUACAGAGUUCGUAUUAUUUUUGCCUUGGCAGCACAAAUGAAAUGAAAAGUAUUUUAAUUUGAUGUUAAAUCAACAUUUUUGAAUGGUUACUUGAAUGAAGAUGUUUAUCACAAACAAAUAUUACCCAAUUUUUUGUAGUUUUAUACUCUUUCUAUUUAUUUAGUCAUUUUAGUUAUGUGUCAAGGCAUCUGAUUAGAUUAUAAGAACAGAGGCUGAUGAGCCUUUUAUAUCCAUUUCAGGAGCCAUCUGUGCGACUGUGCUGUGA